AUGAGCCGGCGUCCCGAACACCCGCUCGCGUCGUUGUCUGGCGGUCCGACAUCAUCUUACGCUCUCCCGCCCGUGGUUCCGUUCAACGCCGCGACAUCGACCGCGUACACGCACAGCCCCGACUCCGUAUCCUCGCCAACGUACAAUGCUGGGUUGACUGGACGCCCCGGCACGGCGAGCGAUGGAGGAGCUGGACAGGGCCCUGCGAAGCGGAGGAAGGUCGAGGGCAGCGGUGGGAACUCGCCUGGCGGGCCAGCGUCCGACGCAGGACAACUCGUGACGGGUUCAAAGAAGCAGAAGGCGGUCAGCUGUACGGAGUGCAAGCGCCGCAAGAUCAAGUGCGACCGCAAGCUCCCAUGUCUCGCAUGCUGCAAACGCGGCGAGCCAGAAGUCUGCAAGUGGCCAGACGAGACCGCCAAGCCGCAAGUCGAUGUCCAACCCUUCGCCCUCACCUCCGACCUUGUCCUCCUCGCUCGCCGCCUCCAAUCACUUGAAGAAUGGGCGAAUCAGCUACCGCCAGAAUUACGCGCUCGAGCACCUGCGCCUCAGCCUUUCACGCCUGAAGUCUACGGCUCGAAAGUCAAGCAGAGCACGAAGGAGAAGCUCGGCUAUCUUGAUCCCCAUCGGCAGCCGAGCGUCCACCGCCGCAACAGCAACGCCGGCGAGCACGAUAGCGAGCACUCGGUGGAGCCGCCUAGUCGCGACAUGAGCGACACCGAAGACGCAGCCGUCAAACUCGAGUCGAUGGCUUUCACCGCUCGUGCACCUAAUUCGCAGUAUCGCCCGCAAGACAGCCUUCCCUUCUUCGACAACAUCCCUUCGCCGAAUGCAAGCGCGCAGGCGGCUCAUGGUGCGGGAAGGAUGAUCCACGCCUACCCUGCCGAGCUCACCUCGUACCGCACGAGCAUCGUUGCCGCCCCGCUCGUCUUCGAAGGUCCUUGGACUGCAUCCGCGAUCGGACUCGACAUGUGCUUCAGCCUCGAGGAGCUCAAGGCGGCGCGGAGCCGGUGUCUCGCCACGAUCUUCUCGCAGUUGCCGGACAAGGCGCUCUCGUACAAGCUCGUUGAGAAGUACUUUCAGGAGGUUCAAUGGCUGCAUAUGAUCUUCCACCGCGGGACGUUCGAGGCGGAGCACGACCGGGCGUGGCAGAUGAUCGAGGCUGGACGGUGGGAGGAGAUCGACCCGAUGUGGCUCGCUUGCUAUUGCAUGAUGCUCGCGCUCGCCAUCGACGGACUGCGAUGCGAGAAGCGCCAGAUCCGCUUGACGGACGAUGACAUGAAGCGCUGCAAGCCGCCGAUCUGGUACGUCUGCGCGCAGCGGCUCAUGCAGCUCGCGGACGGCUCAGGAAAGCCUCAAGUUCGGUUCAUCCAAUCGGUCAUCUUGAUCGGCCAGUGGCUGCAAUGCUCGAGCAUCCCUGGACAGGCGACGCGGUUCCUCAGCCUGCUCGCCCAGGCGAUCAGGACGGCCCAGAUCCUCGGCCUCCACCAGAUGACGAGCGACCCGGAGCAGAUGCCGCCACCGGAUCCCGCCUGGCCGCCGAACGCCUGCUCGAUGCGAAGGGAAACGGCGUUGCGCCUUUUCAGCCUUCUUAGCUUCCUUGAUUACAUGAGCGCGACUACCCGUUUCCGCUCCUACUUGCUCGACCCGGUCCAGUGCUCGUCGCCGCCGCUGUCGAACCUCAAUCAGGAGGACCUGUCAAUCACCGACUGGCGGAUCGAUCCUAAGCCUCGCCACGUCUACACCGACUCAUCCUUCGAGUACGCCAAGUACCGCAUCUGCCAAGCAUCUCGCGCGGUCUUCGAGAAGCUCGUCUGCAGCCCGUCGACCUUCUCCUACGACACGGUGCUCGAGCUCGACCGCAACUACCGCUCCGUCUUGCAAGAAUGCGCCGAGGCGCUUUCGACUGUCGACCCAGCUCGCAUGAUGCGCGGGGACGUCUAUUGGGUCCGCAGCAUCUGCGACGAAGGCUUGCACUCGCGGCUCGUGCGCCUGCACCGCCCGUUCAUGGCCAAGCACGACUACUCGCGCAAGUGCUGCCUCGAGAGCGCCGAGAAGGCGAUUCGAGCGCACUCCCACAUCAGCAAGGUCACCAAGAACACCUGGUUCAUUUACGUGCAUUGCUUGGCCGCUGCGAUCUGCCUCUUUGUCGACCUCUUCCAAGCGAUCGACCAAGGGCUACCGGAGAAGGAGAUUGAGCAGAAGAAGGAGGUCCUCGUCCUCGCCUUCGAAGUCUUCGGCCAGCACGACGAGAUCAGCUCGCCUGCCCUGCGCCACGUCGUCCGUACCGGCUCGAAGAUUCUCAGCGGUCUCUUCAUGGCGGAGGAGAAGCGGCGGGUGACGCGCGCGGCGAACGCGCUCGUCGGCGGCAAUCGCAAGGAUGACUCGCCUCCCGAGUCGCUCGCUGCGGUUCUCCAGCGUCUGACGAAGGAGCUCGACCUCGCCGGCACCGCUUCGCCUCUUCCCUCCAGCACCUCGAUCCCGCUUCCAAGCGCAACCCUCCCGCAAGCGACCUCGAAUGCCGGCCUCGCUCCUCCCGCCGCACCCGCUCCUUCGGGCAUGUUCGCCAUUGAGCAGCCCUUCCUCGGCUGGAAUCCAGACCCGACUUACGCACCGAACGUCGGCACAGAUGCCUUCAUGUCGUCCGAGUUCUUCCGUGAUGUCGGCCUGUCGGCGGGACUCGAGACGGGCGCUUUCCUCCCCUCCGAUCCGAACCUUUACGGCGGUGGCGGCGCUUCGACAUCGGCAGGCACCGCGAACGGCGCGAUUCCGUUCUCGUGGCCGUUUGCGACGGAGACGGGCACGCCUGGAGUUGGCGGCGCGGAUCAGGGCAAGAUGGCGGCGUCGGCGCUGAUGGACCAGCUCCAGAUGAGCGGCGGGAUGUGGUAG